UGUAAAACAAUGGCUGUAAAAGGCACUGUUACCAAACCCAGAAAAUAUUGUCACAUCAUCAUGAAUUUCCUUCGAGACCAAUUUUCGAUUAUUAUCUUCUUUCUACUCUUUUCUGGAUAUCAAGGAGCACUUAAUACAGAUGGAUACGAAGAACCAUUUCUGCAAGAGGACGAAAAGAGUGCUACCCCCGACGAUUACCGACUACCAAAAUCAAUAAUUCCGCUCAAUUAUGAAAUCAUGCUUAAGCCGGAAUUCGAAUGUGAUUGCAAAAUGAAUGGAAUAGUGCAUAUUUACGUUAGAGUGAAAGAAUCAACCGACACUAUAACGCUUCAUCAUGGACAAAUGGAAAUAACAAUGGUGUCCGUCACGUUUAACGAAAAGCAGCUGGAAAUCAGAAACACUACUUAUAAUAAUAAAACGGAGAAAUAUGAAAUUAAACUUCGUGACACUCUGAAGGCAGGAUCCAAUGUUACAAUUAAUUUCCAAUAUGAAGGAAUAAUUAGGGACGAUAUGAUUGGAUUCUAUAGAAGCUCUUACAUCAAUUCUAAUGGAAAAAUUAGGUGGCUUCUUUCAACACAAUUCCAAACAACACACGCAAGGCAUGCUUUUCCCUGCUUCGAUGAGCCAGGUUUGAAGGCAACGUUUGUAAUCAGAAUCCUAAGGCCACCAAGCUAUAUUUGCCUGAGUAAUAUGCCACUAAACCGAACAGUACCUGUUUCCAGAACGGGCGAAUAUUGGGACGAAUUCCAGCAAAGUAUACCUAUGUCGACCUAUUUGGUAGCCUUUGUGAUCUCCGACUUCCAGUCCGUGAAAGUAGGAAACUUCAGCGUUUGGGCCAGGCCAAAUGCUAUCAGUCAAGCUAAAUACGCUUUGAACAUUGGCAAACAAUCUCUCGACCAUCUUUCCAAGCGAUUCAAACAGGAGUAUCAAAUCUCCAAGAUGGACAUGGUGGCUGUACCUGAUUUCUCAGCCGGCGCAAUGGAAAACUGGGGUCUCGUCACCUAUAGAGAAAGCAGACUGUUAUUCGACGAAAGUACAACAUCUGACGUCGCGAUGCAAAGCAUCGCUUCGGUAAUCGUACACGAAUUGACGCACAUGUGGUUUGGAAACAUGAUUACACCUGAAUGGUGGAGCUACUUAUGGCUGAGCGAAGGGUUUGCAAGAUACUUCCAAUACUUUGGUACUGCACAGAUCGAACCUACGUGGAACAUGGAAGAACAGUUCGUCGUGGAGCAACAUCAAACAGCUUAUGCAGCUGACGGCAUCGAAACCUCCAAACCAAUGACUCGAGAUGUUAUCACUACAUCGGAAAUCAGCUCAGUAGGAGAUACUAUCACUUAUAAUAAAGGAGGGAGUGUUCUACGAAUGAUGAAUCUCGUUUUUGGAUCCGACGUAUAUGAUACUGGAAUUCAAAAUUAUCUGAAGAAUACCGUGGAAAAAGUGGGACGUCCGGAUAAUCUAUGGUUAGAAAUCCAGAAUGAAGUUAAUCGUCGCAACAACUCAUUGCAACUUCGAGCAUCCGUCAAGGAAAUUAUGACCACCUGGACAGAGCAAGCCGGAUUUCCGGUCGUGACUGUUUCCAUCCAGAACGAUUCGGUCAAUUUACAACAGGAACGUUUCCUCUUGAGAAACUUGAAAUCCACACCUACGAAUAUAACAUGGUGGAUACCGAUCACCUGGGCUACGAAGAAAAAUCCAAACUUCGAUAAAGUAAAUGUUGAACAUUGGUUGGACAAGAAUGUAACCACCAUUCCGUUGGAAAAGUCUCCAGGAUGGGCGAUAUUUAACGUUCAAUCCGCUGGCUUCUACCGGGUGAACUACGACAAUGCUUCAUGGUACCGCAUUUUCGAUGCUUUGAACACCCAGAAACAUGAAGGCAUACACGUUCUCAAUAGAGCUGCCCUAGUUGAUGAUUUAUUGAAUUUAGCAAGAGCUGAUUUGCUGAAUUACAAGACCACUUUGGACGGUUUGAAAUAUCUCGUUCAGGAAAAGAAUUAUUUACCCUUCAAAGCGGCAUUCUCUGGAUUCACAUAUCUCGAUCAACGAUUAUCUGCAGACGAUGAAACUUACGACCUCUUCAAGGAAUUUGUUCUCACACUCAUACAACCUAUAUAUGAAGAAAUUGGUUACCUAGAUCGACCAAGCGACGACAGAUUGACAAUACUAUUGAGAGGCGAAUUGAACAAAUGGGCAUGCAAUUAUGGUCACAAACAAUGUGUGGACAUUUUCUUUGAAAAAUUCUGGCAAUGGAGGGAUCUAAACGUAACAAUUAAACCAAACCAGAGACCUGUAGCCUAUUGCAUGGGCGUAAAAUACGGAAAGGAAGAGGAUUCGUCAUUCUUAUGGAAUCAGUAUUACAAUUCGAAUUCUGCCACUGAACAAUCGGUCAUACUUCAAGCUCUCGGCUGUUCUCGGAAUAUUACACUUUUGGAAAGAUACCUCUCGUACGCGAUCAAAGAUUUCCAAGAAAGCAGAAUCCGGAAACAAGACAAUUCUGCUGUAUUUUCUGCAGUUUAUGGUUCCAGUAUACGCGGUGCAGAGAUUGUGCUGAAUUUCGUUGCGAAACACUAUGCUGAAAUGAUACAGUUUUACAACGGAACCGAAACAAUUGCCAGUAUUCUAUCCUCAGCUUCGCAACGUUUCUCCACGCAGGAACUAGUAGAUACAUUCGACAGGUUGAUUGAGCAGCGUAAGGUGGAAUUUGAAGGUGUUUCGAAAUCGUUGAAGAACUCGUUGGAGAUAGCGAAGUACGAAUUGCAGUGGUACAACAAAUAUUCGAGACCAAUUGUACGGUGGUUAAAGGCUUUUAACAGCAAGGCUUCUAAUGAUGUGAAUUAUCGCUUGCCAACAAGCAUAACUCCUAAUUCCUAUUCCAUUUGGGUGACGUCCAAGAUAAGCGAACUGAGAAACUUUACAUUCACCGGAAUGGUGAACAUUACAGCGAGUGUUUCGCAACAAACGACAGAUAUCGUUUUACAUUCGGUGGAUUUAACACACGAAAGCGUUUCCGUGCUCGCGCAAGGCAAGCAGGUCAACGUAACACUACAUUAUGUUAACAAACAGUAUGACACUCUAAUUAUCACGCUUGAUCGAAAAUUACAAGUUGGAGAAAAUAUAAGUAUUAUGAUAAAAUACGAGGGACACCUGAACGAAGAGAUGCGUGGAUUUUACAGAAGUUGGUACAAGGAUAGUUCUGGCCAAAUAAGAUGGUUAGCCUCUACACAGAUGGAACCUGUUGGAGCAAGAAAGAUGUUCCCAUGUUUCGAUGAACCAGCAUUGAAAGCAAAGUUUACAAUGAGCGCCACGAUACCUCAAAAUUAUACCGCCAUCAGUAACAUGCCAAUCGAUCAAAUGUUCUUGCAGCAAAACUCCAUGAAGAAAAUCAUUUUCAAAGAAACUCCUAAAAUGCCUACGUAUCUGGUAGCACUGGUAGUUUCGGAUUUCGUUUCAGUAAAAAGCAAGGACGAGAUGUACGGAGUAUGGGCAAGACGAGACGCCAUCAAUCAAGCAGAAAUUGCCCUGUCUGUUAUGAAACCGCUGGUUGAUAUUUUUAAUCGAAAUUUCGGUAUCCCGUAUCAGCUGCCAAAGCUUGACAUGGUUGCAUUACCCGACUUUGUGUCAGGUGCGAUGGAAAAUUGGGGCCUGUUGACUUAUAAAGAAAGAAAUGUACUAUUUGACGAAGAACUAUCAACCACCGCGUCGAAGCAAAGUAUAAUUAACGUAAUAUCGCAUGAGAUCUCCCAUCAAUGGUUUGGAAAUCUUGUCACUCCACGUUGGUGGAAAUAUAUCUGGCUGAACGAAGGCUUCGCUAGGUAUUUCCAGUACUUCGCAAGUGACGAAUUAGACAAUUCAACGUCGUCCUUGGAAUCUCAAUUUGUCGUGGAGCAGCUUCACUCAGCCUUGGAAGUAGACAGUGCAGCAUCUAGCCACGCUAUGACCCACGACGUCUACAGCCCAACACAAAUUAGUGGAAUGUUCGAUACGAUUUCCUAUGCUAAAGGUGCUAGCGUGUUAAGAAUGAUAGAGAAAUCACUUGGUCGUGAUGUAUUUUACAAGGGCCUGCAAAGUUACCUACCAAAACGGAAAUACGAUGCAGCUGUACCUGAAGACCUGUUCGACGCUUUUAAAGAAGUAAUCACUGAUGAGAAACUUAAAAACUCAAUUCACGAUAUUAUGAACAGCUGGACUACUCAGCCUGGUUAUCCUGUCGUCAACGCGACACUUCGGCAAGACCGUUUAGAGCUCAGGCAAAAAAGAUUCCUCCUGAAUCAAGAAGAUCCACCAAGUACAAGCACUUGGCACAUUCCGAUCACAUGGACAUGUCUCAACACAUCAAAUUUCAAUAACACAGAACCAAAAUUCUGGUUUAAAAAUGCACUGGAUAGCGUCCCAAUUCCAUGCGAUCACUACUUGCUGAACAUACAACAAUCCGGCUUCUAUCGCACAAAUUAUGAUUCUCAAAGCUGGAAAAGAAUAAUCGAUUGGUUGAAGAGUGAUCAGUAUAAUAAAAUACACGAGAUUAACCGUGCUGCCCUAAUCGAUGAUUUGCUACAUCUUGCCAGAUCAGGAUACGUUGAUUACGUUACUGCCUUGACUGCGACAGAGUAUCUGAGCAAAGAAACUAAUUAUUUCCCAUGGCGCGCGUUUUUCAACAGUUUAACUUAUCUGUAUAAACAGUUCGAAGGAAAAGACGCAUUCGGUACAUUCAAGCAUUAUAUUAGUACGCUUUUAACACCGAUAUACAAUAAGCUUGGAUUUGAAGAUAGUCCAAGCGAUAAUCGCGUCACAUUAUUGUUCAGAUCACAUGUCCGCAAGUGGGCAUGCAAAUUCGAUGUAGCAAAUUGCAAGUACAAAGCGUUGGAGUAUUGGAAUAUUGACGAAACAAUGAUUCCAGCAAAUUAUCGUAGUGUAGCAUACUGCACAGUUGCUGAACAAAACGACCUUAAAAGUUGGUUACGUUUAUGGGACCACUAUACGAAGUCAACAUUUGCCGCAGAAAGAGUAAUAAUUCUUCAAUCUUUAGCUUGCACGACCGAUAAAGCUCUCCUCAACAUGCUACUUAAGAAUGCAAUCACGAGAGAUUUUAAUAUACGAUUAGAAGACAGCUCGAGCGUUUUUACUUCCAUUAUUGGCGCCAGUCAGGAGGGAGUUGAAUGCGUAAUAGAUUUUGUUCGACAUAAUUACAACCAAAUUAGUAACUAUCAGAAAGAAAUUCUCAAGGUUAACAAUAUCGUAAACACGAUCGAGAAGAAUAUAUUUAAGAAGGAGAUUCAUGCAAAGUAUAUCGAACUGGUACAUUGGCUUGAAAUGAAUGAACGAUUAAAUAAAACAAUAUAUAAGGUGAAUUAUGAUUUACAAUGGGGUGAGAAACACAUUCCGGAAAUACACGAAUGGCUGGAGAGACACUAUCCAUUAUUGGAUUAUCGUCUACCAAAACUGUUCUCUCCGCUGAAAUACAACAUUACUCUGUCUCCAUAUUUCGAGGAGAAGAACUUCACGUUCGACGGGAAUGUUCAGAUACUGAUGAAACGUUCUAUGGACUAUACGUCGCGCAUAGUUCUUCACGCCCAUGAACUGAAAAUCAAGAAAGUGUUGGUAUAUCAAAACGAUUUAGAAUGGAUUCAGGGGAAACAAUUAAACACAAGCAGUGUCAUAUCAAACAGCGACACUCAGAUGAUAUCAAUAUUCAUGGAAAGCUUUAUAAAAAGCGACAUGGUCCUCCUUGACAUUGAAUUCACGGGUACCUUGAAUGACAGGUUGGAAGGCUUUUACCGAAGUUAUUAUGUCAAUGCGGAAGGAAAUGUUCGUUGGUUAGCUACGACUCAGUUUGAACCGAAUUAUGCCAGACAAGCAUUCCCAUGCUUCGACGAGCCAUCCUUCAAAUCAAAGUUCGUAAUCAACAUAGAAAGACCUAAGGAUUACAUUGUGCUCAGCAAUAUGCCUCGUGCGUUGCUAUCUCCAUCGGCUGCUCCAAAUCGUGUAUGGGAAACAUUCCAGGAAACAGUUCAAAUGUCGACCUACUUGGUCGCAUUCGUUGUGAGUGAUUUCGAUUCCCAACCAAAUGCGUUCAACCACGUACAGGUAUGGAGCAGACCUGAAAUUACUCGCAGCGGUGAACUCGCGGCAAUCGCGGCCAAGCGAAUGCUCGAUAUUUUGUCAUUGGACACGGGCCAUGAGUACCUCUUGCCGAAAUUAGAUCUAGUAGGAAUUCCAGACUUCGCAAUGGGUGCUAUGGAAAAUUGGGGUCUUGUUACGUUCAGAGAGUACGGACUAUUUUACAACAAGAGUGUUACAACGGCCAAAUACACAGAUUAUAUAAUCACUAUAAUUGCGCACGAGCUUUCACACAUGGUGUAUGGAAAUUUAGUUACCUGCGACUGGUGGGAGCAUAUAUGGCUUAAUGAAGGCUUCGCCGAGUACAUGCAAUGGCGCAUUUCCUAUUUGUACCGUCCAUAUUUCGGUUACGACGAGCUAUUCGUUGUUGAUGAACUGCAAGCAGCUAUGCAGAAUGAUGGUGCACACCCUAUGAAUAAUCCUGUUAGUAAACCUUCUGAUAUCCCGAAAAUUUUCGACACCGUUACUUAUGGAAAAUCGGCUAGUGUAAUACGAAUGAUAGAAAAGACUUUGAGACCACACAUUUUCAUGAAAGCAACGAAACUGUAUUUAGAACAACAUCGUUUCAACAAUACGACUCCAAAAGACCUUUGGCAAGCUUUUGAUGAUACGAUCGAAAAAGAAAUCGGCUCUAAUAUCGAUUUCGGUAUGUCUAUGGAAACAUUAAUGGAUGGUUGGACCAAUAAACCAGGAUAUCCGGUUGUUGAUGCGACGUUGAAUCGCAACAAUAUAAUAUUGACUCAGAAAAAUUUCACCACAUAUGAGAACAUCGAUGACUUCUGGAUACCAAUUACGUUAACAUCUGCUGAUGAAAUAAACUUCCUAACUACUACGGCGGAAAAAUGGUUAGGCGGGAAACCUCUAACAAUUCCCUUGAAGCAACCGAACUUGUGGUUCCUGGUGAACGUUCAACAAAGCGGUUAUUAUCGUGUAAAUUACGACGAUAAAUCGUGGUCGCGCCUUAUAAACGAAUUGAAAAACAAUCAUAAUACGAUACACGUGACGAAUCGCGCUCAAAUAAUCGACGAUCUUCUAAACCUGGCUCGUGCCGGCCAUGUCAGUUACAACAUUGCAUUGACCGGUACAUCGUAUCUAAGGAAAGAGAAGAACUACUUGCCGUGGAAGGCAUUUUUCAAUGGAAUGAACUUUAUUCUACAGCGUUACGAAGGCCAGAAUAGCGUAACUGCGGUAAUGAAGUAUAUUGUGCUGUUAACCCAAGACUUAUACAACGAACUCGAUUUCGUAGACACGGAAAUGGAUAGUCACUUCAAUCAAUUAAACAGAGAACUGAUCUUGACUUGGAUGUGCAGAUUGAAAGCUAAGUCAUGCAUAGACACAUCUAUCGAACUAUUCCACAAUUGGCACGAACGCAAGGUAAACAGUAUUUCACCAAAUGCAAGGCCAGCUGUAUACUGCACAGCCAUAAAGCACGGAUCGAUCAUUGAGUGGAAGUUCUUACAGCAGAAAUAUUUGGAAGAAAACUUAUCUUCAGAGAAACGAAUCAUGCUGGAUGCGCUUGGCUGCGCGACCAACGCCAGUACAUUGAAUAUGUAUAUUGAAUAUGCGUUGGUUCGUAAUUCCUCCACUCCUCCCAUCCGUAAGAUGGAUGUUAAUACCGUAUUUGCUUCUAUCUACAAAAGUGGAAAACUCGGAGUAGACGUGAUGUUGAAGUACAUAUUAGAAAAUUAUAAAAAAUUAUACAAUUUCUAUGGUAACUGGGACGGUGUUGAAGAAUUAGUUUCUAAACUAGCGCCUCAUCUUUCUACGGCGGACCAAAUUAACCAGUUGUUGCAGCUUCAACGCGUCCGCGACUUUAAUAACACGAUAGUACAAUUGAACAUUAAAUCUGCAAUUGAUACUGCAACAGAGAACCAAAAUUGGUACAAAAAAUAUUCAGGAACCAUUAAUAAUUGGGUAUUGAGCCAGAAUUCAGGUGGUAAAACCAUUCCAAAUAGCUUAUACAUAAUUUCUACGACAUAUUGA